CGCGCAUCCCCGCUACUCUCAUAAUAGGAAGCCGCAUUGGCAUGCAGGAAGCCCAUGUCUUUCAUCUGAACGAGCCACUUGAGGAUUCCCAGAGCUUAGACGUAAGAGUAUGAGAUCAAGCAAUUGUUGUCAGAGUGAGUCAAUGGGGUACAACGUUUCUGUAGAGGGUGGUGAUGUCCGACAUGCAGCAGUGUCUCCUAUUCGCAGUGUACAUCCUCUGAAGGACUAAGUUAACUAGAGUGAUAGGAGGUUAGAUUUGUGGAGUGGUUGUGAUCUUCGCUCGUGAUCGUUAGAGCUUGCUGUUCUGUCGUUGGUGCAAUGGCACAAACACAGUACUUGUUGCAUCCCUCCGGAGUUUUCGCCACUGGCACCAGGCAAGUGGGAGGUUUAUCAAGGGGUUUGGGUGCGGAGAAAACCUUGCUUAAGUUUUGCGAUGACGCUUCGCUCGUUGUGGCUGCUGCUCCGCAGCCGCUGCGAUCGUCCGCCCGCUACCGUGCUAGGAUUCGGGGUGAAGCGAGUGGUAUGUCUGAGUCCGCUACACUCACGAUUCCUGAUGUUGCCACCCAGAAUGGACGUAUUGGCAAUGCCGCGGUUCACGUGGUUCGCGAGGGAGAUGGAUUUGACCAGCUCAUGAGCAUCGCGGCACGGCCAGUGGUGGAGCAGAAAACUGAGUCUGCUUGGGUGUCUCAGGUAGCCACAAAGCAGGAAAGUGAACAUGGGCAAGCGCUUCCGGUGGAGGCUGCCAGAACUUCAAGACAUUCGUCGAAUUCAUCCUUCAAUGGCUUUAAGACAGCAGCUCAGACGUCGGUUGUGGAGCAGGAGCUGUCGCUGGAUCAAAAGCAGGAGAUUGUGAGCAAGGGCGGAAUGCCCCGGUGGGAUAUGCUGCUGAGCACCGAAGCGCUCGAGGAAGCUCACUUGUUCCGCGCCUCCAGUGUGACGGACGCACACGUUCUGCGAAGGAAGGGACGUCUCAAAGAGCAAGAUGGACUCAUCGAGUUCAUCAUCUCGAUGCACAGCACGCAUUCGCCCUACCAGGUAAUGGAGAAGGUGGAACGGUGGGUGCGGGAACAUGUGGCGGACCCCAACCGCAGCACGUUGAACCGGCUCAUUCCAAACUUGGGACCGCGGUUUCAUACGCCUCUACCUUUGGUGCGAGCGCUCCGUGAGUACGACGAAUUUGCAUCCCUCUCUCGGCGUAAAUACGUUCCUCCGAACUUCGCCGAGGUUCGACAUGUUAUCAACAUGGCGCAAGUGCACGCCAUAGCUGAGAAACUGUCGCUCAUCACCUUCGAUGCUGACGGGACUCUUUACGCUGACGGUCACCAUAUCGAGGGUGACAACAAGAUGAUCGGGCACAUCAUCAACCUGAUGCGCGAGGGCGUUCAGGUUGCCAUUGUUACUGCAGCAGGCUACCCUGGUGACGCUGCUAAAUUUGAGAAACGGUUGGCGGGACUGUUGGACGCCUUCAAGGAGCUUCAACUCCCACCUUACGUGACGAAAUUUUUUCGUGUGAUGGGGGGUGAAUGCAAUUACCUUCUGCGCGUGAAUGCGCAGUACAGGCUGGAAUUUAUCCACGACGAGCUCUGGCAAUCGCCUGACAUGCUCGCUUGGAAGGAAGAGGACAUCAAAGAUCUCCUGGACAACGCGGAAAAGGCUCUAAGAGCCGCGGCCUCGAGGCUGCGCGUCCCGAUCAACAUCGUGCGCAAGCCUCGAGCCGUGGGCGCGGUGCCGAAGGACCCCAUCAUUUACGAGGUGCUGGAGGAGAUGACGCUCACCGUCCAAAUGCAGCUCAUGCAAUCCGGCCUUCCGUUCUGCGCCUUCAACGGGGGCAACGACGUCUUCGUAGAUGUCGGCAACAAAUCUGUGGGCCUCAGGGCACUCAUGAAGUACCUCGGUACCAAAUGUUGCGAAACCCUGCACGUCGGGGACCGCUUCACCGCGAGCGGCAACGACUUGGCCACUCGCUCUCAGUGCUCCAUCCUCUGGGUUGCCAAUCCGGAAGAAACUGCCUUCUUCGCACGUCUCCUAUUGCGUGACAUUCGACAAGCCAAGCUUAACCAGUAUAUCGAAUGAGCAAACCAUCUCGAAAGCUACAAUCAUCGAUUAGUCAUCGUUACUAAAAUCAACGUCCCUUUCCGCAAGCUUAGAUGUCGACAAAACCCUGUACAAUUGAGCACUAUACGACGAUCCACGGGACAUCGACUCAUGUACAAGAAACCGAUCCGUAGAGUGAAAACGUUAGCUGUGAGAUAAGAAAAAACAACAACAGGUCGCCACAAUCAAGUUAACCUCGCCAACUGAUACAGUGUUGUGGUUCUCUUUGCUUUUGCUUACAACCCGUGAAGUAGUGAAGCUGCAGUGGACAGUGUUUAGUUCAAGCUCUACAGCUGCAACUGAGAAAUAACUGGCACCCAGUAAUCCAACACAAAGGAUUCAGAUAAAGGGCUUGCAUUCCACAUAUAUAUAUAUAUAUAUAUACAUUGUACGAGGUCGGAUCUGCCAAGGCACCCAGGCUGAUCGAACAUGAAAAAUGUAUAUCAUGAGGUUAUCGAUCACGAAAAUUAUACAAACAAAAAUCAGAUCUUUAGUGUUCACGCUCGUCUUGACGUGAUUCCGAAGAUAUUGUCAUCGUAGUCGUCGUUCGAGCUCUGUUGUGCAUAGAUUUGCGAAAAUUUGUGCCGAAAAAGUUUGAAAAUAGUUGGGUUAAUGGUGUUGAGAGUGUUACAUUCUUAAUGUCUCUCAAGGAUGUGACACAAUGGCGCUUAUCAUAUUCAACCAGGCGAUGUGGUGUACUAGCUAAAUACUGCUUUUUGUUUAUUUGAGUUUGUAUUCAAUAUUUUGAUGUUGUAAUAGAAUUGUAAAGUAUACUGUUGU